AAUUCCAAAUUGGAAUGUAAUUAAUUCACGCCGUGCGCAAAACCCAUAACGCCUGCUUAACAAACUCCCAUCUCCAUCUCGCCUUCUUCCUUUCUGCAUGUUUCCCACCAGCAAACCCUAAAUCAGACAGUAAAACAACACAAAUACCUCACAUAGCCUAUUAUGGAGGAUACAGAGGGAGGUCUCAGCUUCGAUUUUGAGGGCGGCCUCGACGCCGGCCCUAUUGCGCCCACUGCUUCCAUGCCAGUCGUCAAAGCUGACGCUUCCACCGUCAAUGAAACCUCUGCCGCCCCCAACGCCAAUGAUGCCGUCACGACCGACGCUGCAGCUGCAGCUGCAGCUGCUGCCACCGGUGGCGCUGGGAGGCGGAGCUUCCGGCAGACCGUCUGCCGGCACUGGCUCCGCGGUCUCUGUAUGAAGGGAGACGCCUGUGGUUUCCUCCACCAGUACGAUAAGUCUCGAAUGCCUGUUUGUCGAUUCUUUCGACUGUACGGGGAGUGUCGGGAGCAGGAUUGCGUGUAUAAGCACACCAAUGAGGAUAUCAAGGAGUGUAACAUGUACAAACUAGGUUUCUGUCCAAAUGGUCCUGACUGCAGAUACAGGCAUGCAAAGCAGCCGGGUCCUCCACCUUCAGUUGAGGAAGUGUUACAGAAAAUUCAGCAGUUAAAUUCUUAUUAUUAUAAUAAAUAUCAACAAAGGAAUUCUGGCUUUAACCAACAAACAGAUAAGCCUCAGGCACCACAAGGCCCCAACACUGUCAACCAAGGAGCUGUUGGAAAACCUUCAACAACAGAAUCUGCUAAUGUGCAGCAGCAGCAACAGCAGCAUCAAGUUCAGCAACCCCAACAACAGGUCAGCCAGAACCAGAUGCAAACUGCUCCUGCUGGCCAGCCUAAUCAACCAAAUAGAUCUGCUACAGCUUUGCCUCCAGGAAUAUCUAGGUAUUUUAUCGUUAAAAGUUGCAACCGUGAAAAUUUGGAAUUGUCUGUUCAACAAGGAGUAUGGGCAACUCAAAGAAGCAAUGAAGCUAAACUGAACGAAGCUUUUGACUCUGCUGAAAAUGUGAUUUUGAUCUUCUCUGUUAAUCGUACUCGGCAUUUCCAGGGUUGUGCCAAGAUGACAUCCAAAAUUGGUGGAUCUGUCAGUGGGGGAAACUGGAAACAUGCACAUGGAACUGCACAUUAUGGGCGAAAUUUUUCAGUUAAAUGGUUGAAGUUGUGUGAGCUGUCCUUCCACAAAACUCGUCACUUGAGGAACCCAUACAAUGAGAACUUACCAGUGAAGAUAAGUAGAGAUUGCCAGGAGUUGGAGCCCUCAAUUGGUGAGCAGUUGGCUUCCUUGCUUUAUCUUGAACCAGAUAGUGAGCUGAUGGCACUCUCAGUUGUCGCAGAAUCCAAACGAGAAGAAGAGAAAGCUAAGGGAGUCAAUCCAGACAAUGCAGGAGAGAACCCUGACAUUGUACCUUUUGAGGACAAUGAAGAAGAAGAAGAAGAAGAGGAAGAAAGUGAGGAGGAAGACGAUAGCUUUGGUACAGCUGCUCAGGGUAGAGGUAGGGGCAGAGGAGUCAUGUGGCCUCCUCACAUGCCACUAGGACGUGGUGCCAGACCCAUGCCUGGGAUGCGAGGUUUUCCACCUAUGAUGAUGGGUGGUGAUGGGUUUUCUUAUGGACCAGUAACACCUGAUGGUUUUGGGAUGCCAGAUCUUUUUGGUGGUCCACGUGCUUUUGCUCCUUAUGGUCCAAGGUUUUCUGGUGAUUUUACAUCUGGCAUGAUGUUUCCAGGGCGACCUCCCCAAGCUGGUGCAAUAUUUCCAGGUGGUGGAAUUGGGAUGAUGAUGGGCCCAGGACGUGCCCCAUUUAUGGGAGGGAUGGGACCUACAGGUGCAAAUGCAGUUCGCGGUGGUCGGCCUGUUGGCAUGCCUCCCAUGUUUCCACCACCCCCUUCGCAGAACUCCAACCGUGCUGUCAAGAGAGAUCAGAGGACACCAACCAGUGAUAGAUAUAGUGCAGGAUCAGACCCAGGUAAGGGUCAGGAAACAACUGGUCCUGGGGGCGGAAUGGAUGAUGAGACACAGUAUCAGCAGGAAGGACUAAAGACUCACAAUGAAGGUCAAUUUGGUACAAGAAACAAUUUCAGAAAUGACGAUAGUGAAAGUGAGGAUGAAGCACCAAGGCGGUCAAGGCAUGGAGAGGGGAAGAAGAAGCGGAGAAGCUUAGAAGGGGAUGCUGCAGGUUCUGAUUACUAGAUGCUGAUGAGUCUGCCCCUACAGUUCUUGCUGCCUCUCUAGUGCAACAUCAUAUACUUUUCCCCUUCCUGUAUCUGAAUUCUUGUCAUACUAGAGCCUUAGGCCUGGUGGAAGCACUCUUUUUUUUUUUUAUUAUUCUUCUAGGAUUUGCACUUGAAAUAUUUGAAUUUUUAACUAAUUUUGUGUAUAAUCAUGCACUGGAUCACCAGAAGGGUGAUAGAUACGAGUAACUCCUAUAUGGGAACGACAUAGAUCAAGACUAUGACAUUCAUGUAACAUUUCCUGUGUACUGAAUGAAACUGAAUGUUAAUU